UAUUUUCCUUUCAUUGAAACUAUUAUAUUGAUGUUCAGCUGAUAUUUCAACAUGAUUUUGAUAAACCUAGAAGGUAAACGUCCACCUUUAUAAAUAUUUACAGCCUAAUUUGUGUCUUUUUUUCAUCCCAACAUUUCGUCAGUGCUACAAAUGUGUUCAGCAGAAUCACAAACUGUGUUUGGAGUGUACCUGGAUUCAAGAGGCAUGGCGAACGCCUACCUCGAGUGUUCUUGCAGAGUAGUGUCCUCUUCACCCGUUGAUGUUACUGUGACACCGAGUAGCACUCUGAACCCCACAACCUGUAAGUUCACAGAUGUGUUUUUUAAUCCUGGACUGAGUAAUGUGAAUUACACCUGGAACUGUGAUAACCCCAAUGGAUUUCCUACGGUAAAUGAGCGUGUGGACAACAAAGGAUCUCUCAGUUUUACCAUCAAAAGGACAGAUACGUCGAACAGCCCUGAUCCUGGAUACUGUAUACUUCUUACAGCACAGACCAUGGUUGAUGUCAUAUGCGGCGAACAACUGCAAACAACACCAACAACCACUGGACGGGCCAUGAGAACGAUUGAUACGUUUCCAUUAAAACGUCGGACCACCAUUACACCUCCGGUCACUACCGCAGAGACAACGACGGUGACAACAACAGCAACAACAUCAACAUCAACGGUAGAUUCGACAUCGCCCAUUACGCCAGCAUCCACAGAACAAAGUGUGUCUCCAUCAACGUCCACACAAGAUACAACAACGUCUGACGUUACAACGUCAACAUCGGAUCCCGUAUCAUUAAGUAGUCCCAUAACAACUGCACCAACGACAUCCUCAUCGUCAUCUUCAUUCAGUACAGAUGCAACAACACAACCAGCAUCCUCCGCCUCAUCAAGUAGGGAUACAGCAUCACCUGUCUCCGUCACCCCGAGGAAUACGUUCCGGCGGGACAAUGCCACCAUUGCCAUCCUGCCCUUCCCUCCCUUUACAGGUACAAGGGCAACAUCAGCUCCAACAUCAACUCCAACAUCUACAGGUGCAACAGAUAACACAAGUGGUGUUACUGCCACUGCUACAGGUGCAACAGAUCAAACAGGUGGUGUAACAGACGCUGCUACAGGUACAACAGAUAACACAAGUGGUGUUGCUGCCACUGCUACAGGUGCAACAGAUCAAACUGGUGGUGUAACAGACGCUGCUACAGGUGCAACAGAUAGCACGGGUGUUACAGACGCUGCAACAGGUGCAACGGAUAACACGGGUGGUGUUACUGCCACUGCUACAGGUGCAACAGAUCAAACAGACAACACAGGUGGUGUUACUGACACUGCUACAGGUGCAACAGAUCAAACAGGUGGUGUUACAGAGUCUGCCACGAGUACAACAGAUAACACAGGAGGCUCGUCUAGCAUGAUGACAGGUACAACAGGUAAGGCAGGUGGUUCAACAAGCUUGGCGACAGGUGUAACAACUAACGCAGGUGGUGUGACCAGCUUGGUGAUAGGUGUAACAACUAACGCAGGUGGUGUGACCAGCUUGGUGACAGGUAUAACAACUAACGCAGGUAGUGUUACUAGCUUGACAGCUGCAAUAGGCCACACAGGUGACGUGUCCAGAUUGGUGACGGGUUCAACAGAUAGCACAGGAGGAGUGACCAGCUUGGUGACAGGUGCAAUAGGCAACACAGGUGACGUGUCCACCUUGAUGACAGGUGCAUCAGAUAGCACAGGUGGUGUGACCAGCUUGGUGACAGGUGCAACAGCUAACACAGGUAGUGUUAGUAGCUUGGUGACAGCUGCAAUAGGCAACACAGGUGAAAUGUCCAGCUUGGCGACAGGUACAUCAAGUAACACAGGUAGUGUGACCAGCUUGGUGACAGGUGGAACAGCUAACACAGGUGGUGUGACAAGAUUGGUGACAGGUGCAACAGCAAACACAGGUGGUGUGCCUAGCUUGGUGACAGGUACAACAGAUAGCACAGGUGGUGUGCACAGUUUGGUGACAGAUGGAACAGCUAACACAGGUGGCAUGUCCAGCUUGAUUACAGGUGCAACUGGUUUCACAGGUGGCGUAUCCAGCAUGGUGACAGGUACAAGUGACAGUGGGAGAGACACACCUAGCAGCUCGAUGAGCGUGCCAGGGUCCACUACAGAGGCCGGAAUUACGACAUCACCCACAUCGAACACACCAUCCAGUUCCAGUUCUGGAGACCACACAUUUUCUUCCACCUCUGCUAUAACCGAUACCCUAUCUUCCAUACUUACCUCACAUGUAUCCACUAUUAACAGUAUAUCCUCAAGUACACUAACCUCCCACAUACCCAGGGUGUCUACAGUGUCGCCCACUAUCCACACAACUAACACCAGGAGCACUGGACACGAUACAUCUAGCACCUCAACCCUUAAGCCAACAAGUGAUGUUACAGGAACCACAGACGAAUCACCGCAAGUCUCCGUCACCGGCACCAGGGAACUUGUAGGGUUGGUCGUCGGAUGUAUCCUUGGAGCGGUCCUUCUCGUAGCCAUCGUUGGUGUUUGUCGAUACUAUCAUUCAAAUGAGAGGAAUAGAGAUCCAGAAUCCGAUGCGUCAACUCUAUCUACAUCUGACGGGAGCUGGGACAGAACGUUGUUCAGCAGAAGUACUCUCCUACUCAAGAGUAACGCUUCAACCAUGAUGUACAAACCCAGCCAUGAGAUCAUGUACCCUCCAGUCAACUACCUGCCCACGUAUAAAGUCUACUGAAUGAAUUGUUGGCACUGUCAACUGGACCAUAUUCAGGGCGAGUGUCUCCUGGAACAUGCUGUGAUGAGGAUAGGACAAGUGCUGAUGCUGUGCCAGAACCAUUGAUGUCAAAAAUAGUUGGUGAUAUCUGGACAUAUACAUGGAUACAGGGUAUAGCUCACCUGCAUAUGGAAAGUUUGCUUUGCCCUAACGUUCGGGUGUCAUAGGUUCCUUGUAUCUGGAUUUCCUAGAUUCCCGUUGUCCCAAGCAGAUUUGUAUAUUUAUUUUUUAUUUUUAUAUUUUUUUCAUUGGUUUUGUAUAGUUUUCAUAUUGUACAUAUAAGGAAAGAGGAUAGACAAGGUGUACCACACCGUUUCUGUUGACACAAUUCCGUUUUAUGGAUGAUAGACCCGUGAAGAUCCGAGUUAGAAUUGUCUUCAGCAAGAGGCGACUAACGGGAUCGGGUGGUCAGGCUCGC